AUGACAUUUUCUGUAACCGAUCAACCACAGGUGCAUAUCCAGGAUAUAGAUUAUGUGUCAAAUGGAGUUACUAAUAAACAUACAAAAGACAAUUCAGAGAAAAGUACCAGUGCAUUUCUAUAUUUUGCAGCAAUUAUUGCAAAUCUCAAUUUCAUCACCUUAGGAACAGUUAUUAUAUGGGUAUCACCAGUAACAUCCAAACUACGUUCAGAGGACCCAGAUGAGAACCCUCUAGGAGCACCCAUUACAACAAUCGAGUUAUCUUUUGUGGGAUCACUAUCUCAAAUAGGAAUGGUUGUUGGUACAUUAGUUUUCGAGAGGGUAUUAAAUAAAUUUGGACGUAAAAUGUGUUUAAACAUAUUUACUGUACUUCUUGUCUGCGCCCUACCAGAAUCUCCUGUUUAUCUUAUAAUUAAAAAGAAUAGACCAGCAGCGGAAUUGGCUUUAAAUCAAUUUUUAAAACAAGAUUCUAUAAGAGUCAAAGAAGUAGCAGAUAAAAUUGAAUUUAACUUAAGUCAAAUUACAAAAACUGAAAAAACAAAUAUUACAGUAAUAUUUACCGACCGAGCUGCGAGGAACGGAUUUAUUGCGGCUUGUGUUCUGAUGAUAUUAACCGCAACUUGCGGACUACCCUCUAUUAUGAGUUAUCUACAACCUAUUUUUGACGCAGCUGGAACAGAAGUAUCAGGCUCUAUCUAUGCAAUCAUUGUUGGUUUUAUACAAGUUUUGUUGUAUUUUAUUGCCUCGGUGUUAGUGGAAAAGUGGGGACGAAGACCUUUACUUUUAUUUUCUUCGAUAGCAAGUACCAUUCCUCUGCUUAUUCUAGGAGCGUACUUUUAUUUCCAAAGCAUUGGAUCAUCCUUCGUAAAUCAUAUUACAUGGUUCCCUGUAGUAGGUAUUAUUGUUUUAGUAGUGACUGCUGUAAUAGGUAUCUGUUCAGUAUCAUUAGCAUACAUGAACGAUGUUUUUACUAGUAAUAUUAAAGCAACAGCAAUAUCCCUUAUUUAUUUUGUAAGUGGACUUGUUUUGGCAGCUUCCGUUUUUCUCUUUCCAAUAAUAGAGGAACAAAUAGGACUUGCUUGGAGCUUUUGGAUAUUUUCUAUUCUUUCGGGACUAGGAUUUAUUUUUAUAUAUUUUAGAGUUCCCGAAACUAAAGGGAAAAAUAUAUUAGAGAUUCAAGAAAUACUAAGGAAAUACUAG